AUGGCGUCCGGGUCCUUCUAUGUCUCAGCCAGCCAGCAGCGCUCUCUGCGCGCAUGUAUGGUCUGCUCCAUCGUCCAGCUACACAACAAAUUCAUGAACGAAGGCUGCCCCAACUGUGAAGCCGUGCUGAACCUCCGCGGAAACACCGAAGCGAUACAGGAUUGUACCUCGCAGGUCUUCGAAGGCUUGGUCGCGCUGGCGGACGAGCGGACCUCCUGGGUAGCUCGUUGGCAGAGACUGGACGGAUAUGUCCCUGGAACAUACGCUGUGAAGGUCGUGGGAUCGCUUCCGCCGGAGGUAUUGAGUGACUUGGAAGAGGCGGGGAUAACCUAUAUUCCGAGAGAUGGAAGUGCCGCCGAUAAUGAUGGUUGA